CCCACGCGAUCUUGAAUGUUCCAGACGUUCUUCCCCCCGGUUUUAGAUGUGACCGCUAAACCUUGGGAGCGGGCGGAGACUUCCGGGGCACUAGCGGGCAGUCCUACCUGUGGGGCCGGGGGGAGGGGGGAGGCGGCUGCCCGAGCCGCGCCCGGAAGUGACUCCCGCACCGGGUUUGGAUCUCUUCCUCUCAACAUGCAACCUUUAAAAUACGCCUUGAAAACCAGUCAGACUCUGAGGCAGAGUCCGUUGUCCUUGGUAAUUUGGCAGAUCUUCAGGACUUACAGAACAACAAGUAAUUUCAAGACAAAAGUAUAUCCAGAGUUAGAAAAACAGCAAGAUAAUGGAGUCCAGAGGGAUUUCAGCUCCAGACUGGCUACAGGACCAACAUUUCAGCACUUUUUAAGAAAUGCCUUAACACCUCAAGAGGAAUCAGAAAAAUCUGAUUCCUCUGCAGCAGUAGAGGAUCUGCCUCCUUACCUUUCUACAGAAGCCCUUGUAGGAAAGAGGAGAAAAGUCUAUCUGGAGACAUAUGGCUGCCAAAUGAAUGUUAAUGAUGCAGAGAUUGCUUGGUCCAUUCUGGAGAAGAAUGGCUACUUAAGAACUAACAGCCUUCAUGAGGCUGAUGUGAUUCUUCUUGUCACAUGUUCAAUCAGGGAGAAGGCUGAACAGGCUAUCUGGCAUCGAUUAAAACGACUUAAAUCUGUAAAGGCUAGACGUCUCAAAUCACAGGUUCCUCUUCGAAUUGGGAUUCUAGGAUGUAUGGCUGAAAGGUUGAAGGAAGAGAUCUUGCAGAGGGAACAACUGGUGGACAUUAUAGCUGGGCCAGACUCUUACCGGGAUCUUCCUCGACUGCUCACUUUAGCUGACUCUGGCCAGCGAUCUGCUAACGUUCUGCUUUCACUGGAAGAGACCUAUGCAGACAUCAUGCCCGUUCAGACAAGUCCAAACGCCACAUCAGCAUUUGUGUCAAUUAUGCGAGGUUGUGACAACAUGUGUAGUUAUUGCAUCGUUCCUUUCACACGGGGUCGUGAAAGGAGCCGGCCAGUUGCCUCCAUUCUGGAGGAAGUGAAGAAACUCUCUGAGCAGGGUCUGAAAGAAGUGACACUCCUUGGUCAGAAUGUCAACAGCUACCGAGACAACUCUGAAAUCCAAUUCAAUAAUGCAGCACCUACUAAUCUGAGUCGAGGAUUUAGUGCAAAUUAUAAGAUGAAGAAAGGAGGUCUUCGAUUUGCUGAUCUUCUGGAUCAGGUCUCCAGAAUUGAUCCUGAAAUGAGGAUUCGCUUCACUUCUCCCCACCCCAAGGAUUUUCCAGAUGAGGUUCUACAUUUGAUCCAGGAGCGGAAUAAUAUUUGUAAACAGAUCCAUUUGCCAGCUCAGAGUGGAAGCAGCCGGGUCUUGGAAAUCAUGAGAAGAGGAUAUACAAGGGAAGCUUAUUUGGAUUUGAUUCAUCAUAUCAGAGAAACUAUUCCAGGAGUAAGCCUCAGCAGUGAUUUUAUUGCUGGAUUCUGUGGAGAAACGGAAGAAGAUCACCUCCAAACUCUGUCCUUGCUUCGGGAAGUCCGCUACAAUGUAGGUUUCCUUUUUGCCUACAGUAUGAGACAGAAGACACGAGCAUAUCACAGGCUUCAAGAUGAUGUUCCAGAGGAGGUGAAACAGAGGAGGCUUGCAGAGCUGAUCACUGCCUUCCGAGAAGGAGCUGCAGAAGCCAACAUGGCUGUGGUUGGCCACACUCAGCUUAUCCUCGUGGAAGGGCCCAGUAAGCGCUCUACCACUGAGUUAUGUGGAAGGAAUGAUGGAAACAUUAAAGUGAUCUUUCCUGACAUCGAGAUGGAAGAUUGCAUUAACUCUGGAAGCUUAACCCGAGCCCAGCCAGGAGAUUAUGUAUUAGUGAAGAUCACCUCUUCUAACUCCCAGAGCCUGAAAGGAGUUGCUCUCUGCCGAACAUCUCUACAAGAGUUCUCAGCACGUUGUUGACCUGAAUUGACAUCCCCAAAGUUCUUCUGGAUGCCCUGUUAGUGAUGUUGUGAGAAGAUUGUGGCUACAGAUUGUACUACAUACAAAUCUGGGGUCACUUCCAACUCUGAAAUUCUGUGAUAAUAGGUUUUGUCAAAGAGAAAUUGAGAAGUGACU